AAAAUUUUCAGAGUAGCAUAAAAAGGAGUAGCCAGUCUGAGGAAAAGGAAAAGGAAAGAACUCUCCCCCACACACUCUGUGUACCAAAUUCUAACGAACUGCAGAAACUCCACCAGCACUGGUUCCUCUUUUUUUUUUUUUUAUAUAUAUAUAUACAAAGAUAUUCUGCUUUUAAAAGGCUUCACACUCCACUGCGCCGCCUUCUCAACUAGACAUCACUUAUAUAUUUUUUUCCUUUAAGUCAGGGGUGGAACUCUGCUCUCUACUGUGACUCUUUCGUGACUCUUGAGCGCAGUUUGUUGACAAUAAUGGCGCACUCUGUCAAAUGUGGAGGCGACCUGACCACGCGCUGGGACAAGACGCAGGGACGCUGCGUUUUAUGCAGAACCACACCUGUACCGCCAGGAAAGGGGGUGACUCCGAACUGUGGCUACGAUGAUGAUGGAGGUCGACACGAGUCAACGACCUCACCGUGCAAAGGUGGCACUUUCAACGACGGAAAGAGCCUCUUGUGUCGGGACUGCACGCGGUGCCCGGCGGGACAAAACGCGGCGAGAAACUGCAGCCUGACCGCGGACACCGUGUGCGCUGCGCCCAGGACCAGUUCGCCCACAGUCCCCGACAGAUUGAGUGAGAAACCUCAACCACACAGCAUACCUUCACCUCAUCUGCCAGUCAUUUGGACUGUAUCAUCAGUUGUCGUGGUGUGCAUCGUGCUCGCUGCCCUGGGUUUUUACAUGAGGAGAAGAAGAGGUACUGAAAGCGUGAAACAAAAGACGAGUUGGCGCACAGCUGGGAGUUUCAACAGAAGACCGUCGUACGUCAACGCAGCCUUCAGGAACAGUGAUGUGGAGGAAAUCCUCAACGCCGCCAUCCUGUCAGCGCCUUUGCAGACAGUGUUGGACAAUCUGGAUGUUUUGGAGGAGCUGGUGAUCUUGUUGGACCCCGAGAGCCGGGGAAUAAAGAACACCAAGCACCUGGCCUCCCUGUGCUCCUUCCCGUCCACCUGGAUCACGUACACCUACUCCAUGAAGGAGAGCAAGAGCCCCCUGAGAGCCGUGCUGGAGGGGGUGACCAGCAGGAACCCCGACUGGACGGUGGAUCACCUCGUGAGGCUGCUCAAACAGAUGGAGCGCAACGACGCCAUCGCCGCUCUGGCCAAGCUGAGAGUGACCGACACCAACAUCUGAUGGACACGUCUUGCAGGGUCGUUAAUGAGUUGUUAGCAGUUCGAAUCCAUGUUGGGCUCGAGAGCCUUUCUUUUUUUGUUUUUUUAAAGAGUUUGCAUGUUCUCCCUGUGCACGAUGGGGUUUCUUUCCCCUUCUGGUUUCCUGCCUCGGGUGGGAGACCCACAACCUUGUCAAGAUUUCAUGAAGGAGAAAUACUGAAAGCAGCUUGUGUGUAAUGAAAAGCAAAAUAUGCACAAAAAUGUAAUCAUUCAUCAUGGCUAUAUGGAAGUACGCAGUACCUGAUUACAUGGAAUCCUCCUCGAUUUGCACUGUAUGUAUUACUGAGCUUCUUUCUUUUCUUUUUUUUAAUUAAAUUUCUACAUUACCAAACUUC